UCGCAGCAAAUAAAUGUUUUCUUCCUUUCCCUUUUACUCUCCACCUCCCAUGUUGAGGUAUCAGCGCCGUUCAGGGGUGCUAUUUUGUAGGAAUGCCUUUUUUCAUGCCAAUGCCUCUUCGCGUGACGUCAUCGAUUUUGGAAAUUGUGUACACGUAGGCACGACGUUUCUUGGAUCGUCCAAUCAGAAGCUCCCUUCAUUGGCCGGAUGUUUCUUUCGUAUUCUCUUCUCUUUUUCCGGGACUGUAUAGCAAAUUUGUUUUGUGAAACAGCACUUAAUGAAAGCGGACUUCCAUGCUGCGCAAAGCAAAUUCAUUUUGUUACAUUACAACGCAAAAGCUGCCGCAGUCCAAAGAAAUGCAAACGCAAGUGCUCUAUUUUUGAAGCCGUAGCCACAUAGUAGUCGGAUGUGCAUCCAAUCCAUGCCGUUGAGCUCACGCAAAAUAGCAGCCUUUGUUUACCUGCAACAGCUGACAGCCGCUAGCGUGUCGGUAACGCAGCGCAACUAUUUGCGGCCCACAGCGGUACACUUGCAUCUGAGAAGAAUCUGCGCUGCUUGCAGGAGCCGUGAGAUGCAGCAGAGUGAGGGCCAACAAGAAUUAACCGUAACCCACGAGGACAAACUUUGCAACAUAGUGGAUCGAGAACUGUCAAGCCACUCAGCACCCUUCAUUAGAGCACCGCCACGACAGAACAAUAGCCUCGUCAAUGUGAUCGCAGCAACAGUAAUACUCUGGGCCUGGCGCCCCUGCGCUGACGGUUACGCUCCGUGAAAGAAGCUGCUACAACGGUAAAUGGCCACUGGAGGCGGGAAAGUGGGUGGGGUGGACGGCCGCGUCCUCGACAUCCUUGGGAGGACAGGCGGCCUCCUUGUUUCCCCGCCGCAGUACUUCGCCGAUAGCGAGGACGCAAGUUCGGAGGAUGCUGCAGGGCCCUCCCGCAGUGCACCAGCAACAACUACGUUUGUGGUGUCGGGUCCUGCAGCUGUUGCUGGGCCAAGUGGCCUUACACAGCAACCGCCUACCCUCCAGCAGCCACCCUUCCAGCCGACCCCCCAGCCAACUCCACGAGAGCCGCAAGCACCCCCCCCCCAUAGGCAGUCGAAGCAGCAAGACCUUGAGGGCGCCGUCCAUAUGGCUACUGCCGAAUAUGUUCGGCAGGGCCAGUCGGCGGAAGCCAGGGCACAGGAGGAGGCUCGCUUCCGCCGACAAAUUCUGGGGCAAAACCAGCGGCAGGAUGUGAAGCACGGUUAG